CACCAGCGCUCCGGCCCCGCUACCUGCGGCGGGGCCGCCCCGCGCCCAUGAGGAGACACCGGCCCGGGCAAGGCGCAGCAAUGCUGAGUGACAAUAACUCUUUGAAGCUGAAAAGUGAUCGUUCACCUCCUGUGCAAUGGUGUGAGGUGGCUGCACAUGAAGAUGAGAAGACCAAGCUGGUUUUUAAAAGAGUUCUUGUACUCUUUGUGGUCGGAGGGUGCUUCCUUUAUAUCCUCAAAUUACAUUUUGGCCCUGAAGAAUGUGACAGAACAAAAAUGCCGUAUGUGGACCUCGGUCGUGUAAGGAGAGCACAGCAAUACGCCAGCGCCGCGUUGCAGGAGCAGUGCCGACCUUCUCACGCCAACAAAGAAAUGAGCAGGUUAUUUGCGGAGAAAUACAACGCGGACGUGUCUCCCUUUGUAAGGAAAAAUGUAAAUGAAGAUGAAGCUUUAUUUAGAUAUGAGCCUCCGUUUGGAUUUCGCAAGUUUGUUGAUAAGCUUAAAAACCUUCUCGAACUCUUACCUGAGCAUGAUUUACCAGAAGAUUUGAAGUCAAAGCACUGUAAGCGUUGUGUUGUUGUUGGCAGUGGUGGAAUUCUUCAUGGAUCAGAGCUGGGUCACUUACUGAAUCAGUUUGAUAUUGUUAUAAGGUUAAAUGAUGCACCAGUUCAAGGAUACACAGAUCACGUGGGUAACAAAACGACUAUAAGGAUGACUUACCCAGAAGGAGCCCCCCUUUCUGAACAGGAGUAUCCUCCUUCGAGCUUGUUUGUGGCUGUUUUGUUUAAAAGUGUUGAUUUCAAUUGGCUUCAAGCAAUGGUGAAAAAUGAAACCUUGCCUCUGUGGGUGCGACUCUUCUUUUGGAGGGAGGUUGCUGAGAAAAUUCCUUUUACAUCAAAGCAGUUCCGGAUUCUAAAUCCAGUCAUUAUCAAAGAGACAGCUUUGGACAUUUUACAGUUCCCUGAGCCUCGAUCAAAGUUCUGGGGUUGGGAUAAGAACGUACCUACAAUCGGGGUCACAGCGGUUGUUCUGGCCACGCAUCUGUGUGAUGAAGUGAGCAUAGCAGGGUUUGGAUACGACCUGGACCAGCCCAGCACACCCUUGCACUAUUACAACAACCUCUGCAUGGCUGCCAUGAACGGACAAACUAUGCACAACGUGACAAGCGAAACAAAACUCCUGCAAAAACUGAUCAAAGAAAAAGUCGUCAAAGACCUCACUGGGGGGAUACACUGUGAGUUCUGCAGCAAAGACAGCUAGUGACUGACGUGCAGCAUGGACAGGAUUCAUUAAGUCUCCAGAGGUUCAGCUGGAUCAACCCUUUUGCAAUCUUUAUUCCUUUAAAGUGUAUAUAAAAUGGACAUGGAAUCCCUGCUGCCUUUUUUAAUGUCACGUUCGGUUUGUUGGACUUUGUAAAUUAAUUCCGUCAGAUUUUACUUUGCACACUUUUGUGAAUAGCUAUGUAAAUAGGGCUUGGAGUUGAAAGAGAUGUGUUUAAAGUAUUUAAAAUGUUUUAAGUUGUCUGAAUAAAAGCAGAUAUUUUGUUUUCAGAUGUAUAUGGAACGCACAUCGCUGGCCUGAAUUGUCUGACAGCUUACAGGUGUUGUUUUCCACUGAACUCCUGUCUUUGUUGUUCCAGUUCUCGGUGUCUGACUCCUUUUUGUGCAUACCAUGAAAAGAAAGGUGUGUGCCUCUCAAGUCUUUCAUUACUUGAACUUGAGCAUUGUGUUCCCCCCCUCAAAUAUUUAUAUUCUUUUGGUUUUAUGCUGUUAAAUUUUUUGGUGCGAAGGAGAAAUGCGGGAGCGGAGUUGAAUGAAAAGGAAUUGUUGUGGCAACAACUGAGUAGUGAGUACCUUGAUGUUCGUGAUUGAUGUUAAAAUCAUUGAUGUAUUAAUGUAUUGGGUUAGAAUCCUACCCCAAUUAAAGAAGUGGCAUUAAUACAAAAUCUGCCCUUUUUUUUUUUUUUUUUAAUUUUGAGUGACUUGAGGAUUGCUGGUUCUGUAAAACACCAGUUUGUAGGAAUUACUUAGCAAUAAUAGAAUCCUCACCUUAAUAGUUUGCAAUGCUGAUAACCCUUAUAAACUCUAGUGCUGGCUGUUUGAUUGAAGGGGGAGGUAGAGUUGUUGGUCUUCUAUGAACUUUUAAGUCAGCAAUUGGGUGAUUGUGUAUUAGUUAACAAGAAAAUCACUUUGAGAAAGCAGUAUAAUGUAGUAACAAGCUAGAUAACUGCUGAAAACAGCACAUUUAAAAAGGAAA